AUGGAGAAAUCAUUAGCUGACGAUAUUCUCAAAGAAUUCGACCGCAUCUUAGCUGGGGACGGCGUUGAAAGAUUGGUAGGCCCCGUCGAUGUACCUGCUCGAACACUCUCCCCAGUCUCCAGUAGAGCCAUGAACAAGCUGAAGAAGCCUGCGCCAACGUCGUCCAACGAGCACCGAAGUAUCUCGAAGAACUCGCCAAGCACGAUCAGAUCUGUGGCCUCGGAGCCCGUCCGCCUCGAAUCAACUCCGGAGAGCAGCCAGCAGACUCAGGGCAACAAUAGUUCUGAGAUAAUGCCACAUUCGACGAAAGACCUCCCCGCUUUAUCCACUCUUACCUCCCAACCUCCUUCAGCGUGGCAGAACUCAGUCCCGCGUGUUGGGAAUGGCUUAGUACGGACGAUGUCUUCUGAGUUCGGGGUGACUAGGACGCUCUCCAACUCGAACCUGCGCACCGCAGAUGAUGGCCCCUCCAACACCAAUGGUAACACAACGUCGCCGGUCCUAAGCCCAGGAGGAGCCGCCCCACAAUGGAGCUCUGCUGUCGGUCGGGCGAACCUAGGGAAGUCUGGGAGAGUCAUCGAACGGUUGAUGGGAGAAAAUGAUAUGCUCAGACGCGAUCUCAACAUUGAGCGCCUCAGAGCGGAGGAAAUGAGGCAAGCAGUCAAAAUGGCCGAGGGCAGGAUGGAAGCCUUAACCCAAGAACAUGAGGGAAAACUACAUGAAGCCGCUAUCAACAAGACCCUCUUGAAAAGAAAGGAACGUCAAGUGGAUGAUUUAAAGGCCCAAAUCGAUGGUGAGAAGCGAAAGGCAAACAAUGCGAUGGAGAGCGAACGCACGUGGAGAGACGCGAUGGAAAAAUUGGAGGAGGAGAGUAAGAGAAAGGUUGAGGAGGCACAGACUAUUGCUACGCUAAUGGAGGGGAGAAAUAAUACGAUGACUGGUCACUGGAGGGAGCAGGGUGAAGAAGUCCAGCGGGCAAUCAACAAGCACAAGAAGGUUAUCGAAGUUAUAGUUGAGCGGAGGAUAAGUGACGACAAGAGAAUCAACCUUUUGCAAAUUGUGUGCGAUCAGCGAGCGGCAGCGACUGAAAUCCUAGAGAACAAGAAUGCGGAGAUCCAGGCUGCUUUCGACGAAUACAAGCGAGUGCAAGAAGAAGGAUUGGCCGACAUCAAGCGCAAUGCGAGAGAACGAGAAGAGAGACAGGAAGCAAUUAUCGAGGAGUCACAGCGGGUGUUAGGAGAAUUGAAGUGGGCUUUGGGAGUACAGAAGAACUUACGUGAUCCAUGA